AUGCCAACGCCAAACACCCUCGAGAAGAUAGAAUUAGCUGGCUAUGGAGAACGUGGGGUUCUAAAAAUGACGCAAAAUGAACCGAUGCUACAUCGAUCACACGUAUACAAGAAAGAAUUAAGUAAAUGUAGAGAUGAAACAUUAUGGGGGUUCAGGAAGCAAGAGCUUGUGAUGGGGGUGCACGAGUCCAGUAGGUUGGCCAGAGCAAAACUUGUUACAUCCAUUUUAAUUAAGAAAGAUCCAGAGGAUUGGUGGGAGAAUCAGAGAGACAGGAUGAGAAAAGAAAGAAAUUUCAUGCAGAGGGAAUUUGUCUUGGCAAUGUUUGUAGGGUCAGGUGUUAAGUGGAAACUGCAAAAACAAAUUGCCGUGGUACAAACAGAAGUUGUUGGAUUUAAACAGCAUGCACUGGAUAUUUCUGAAAGUCUUUGUAUGCAUGGAUGGAGAGGUCAGCACAGUUCCAUCUCCAUCUACAAUAUGCCACUUCCCCCAUGGUGGGCCUCACCAUUUGUCAGAAACAAACACUCCAGUAGAUAUGCCAGAUUAUCUAUAAGAAGUGCUUCUGCGGCAACAAAUAUCCUUUCUCAUGUUCUUCCGAGGUUGACCCACGUCAUGACCAAUUCCGGUUUGCCACCCACCCUACUGAAGAAUCCUAUACUUGAAUCAACUUUAGAAGUUGAGGCCAAAAACUGGCCUGCAAUAGGUUUUCACUUCACAAUAGGGAAGCAAUCACGUGUAUCAACAGUUUUCUCAGCAAGAGGGAGACAAAGUAAUAACAAAUAA